AUGGUCCUGACGGACGCUGAGCCGACAUCUCUGGAUUCAGCUGCUCUUCUGGGCAUCUUGCAACUGCUGAAGGAGGUCUCAGACAUGGAUGCCAACAAGCCGGAGGAACUGGCAACACUGGAGCAGCUGGGGCAGCACUACGUGGCAAUUGCCGGGGCAAUCCUGGAGGAGCAGAACGCUGAGGAGUGGUCCAAAAUAAAGCCGGUAAAAUCAUGGCUUCCUAGAAGUAAGGGGCAG